GGGAGGGCGGGAGCAGGCGAGCCCGUCCACACCCGAACUCCUCCGCCGCAGCUGCCCCGCGGGAGCCCGGGCCAGCGGACAGCCUGUUCUGCACCGCACAGGCUGGGUCCUGGGUCCCGUCCGUCAAGCUAGAGCAGCAGGGCGCUCACCCACCCGCCCGCUCACCAAGCAUGGAAAUCCCGCCGACCCACUACCCGGCUUCCAGGGCGGCCUCGGUGGCGGAGAACUGCAUCAACUACCAGCAGGGGACCCCCCACAAGGUGUUUCUGGUGCAGACUAUCAAGCAGGCCAGCAUGGAGGAUAUUCCAGGAAGAGGACAUAAGUAUUGCCUUAAAUUUUCUGUGGAAGAAAUUAUCCAAAAACAGGAUACACUGAACUGUACAGCUGAAGUCCUGUACCCUCUAAUGGGACAAGAUACUGCACCAGAAGUCAACUUCACAUUUGAAGGAGAAAUUGGAAAGAACCCAGAUAAAGAAGAUAACACAUUUUAUCAAAGACUGAAGUCUAUGAAGGAACCACUUGAAGCACAAAAUAUUCCAGACAGUUUUGGAAAUGUGUCUCCGGAAAUGAAGCCAGUUCGACAUUUAGCCUGGGUUGCCUGUGGUUAUAUAAUAUGGCAGAAUUCUACUGAAAACACAUGGUAUAAAAUGGUAAAAAUUCAAAGUGUCAAGCAAGUGCAAAGAAAUGAUGACUUCAUUGAAUUAGACUACACCAUUCUACUUCAUGACAUUGCAUCUCAGGAGAUUAUUCCUUGGCAAAUGCAAGUUCUCUGGCAUCCACAGUAUGGUACCAAAGUAAAGCAUAACAGCCGUCUGCCAAAGGAAGCACAGCUGGAGUAAGUGAAGACCCUAACGCUGGGUGAAGUGACGACAUGCUUAUAAAUUCUCUGUGUUCCAUCCAGAUCUUCACAGAUACCUAGCUUAUGGGGCCAAACUGCAAAGUGUAAUUUUAUAUAAAUGUCUUCAUUGCGGUAUAGAACUACACAGAUUCUGUAACAGUGUCAUGAUGUAAAAGUAUCCCAACACUAAUAGUGGUCUGUAUAUCCUAUAAUAAAAAGCUUCAAUUCCAGUCUC